AGCUACCUGGUGAGUGACAAGUGAUUCUACACCCUUAGAGCAAAGAAGCUUCUUCACAUCAUCCGAGAAGAAAGGAGGAGAAAAGGAACUGGGGAAAAAACCAGACAUGAUUUCUUCAAGUACAGAGUCCUCUGAAGCUGAACUCUCAACCUUCUAUGACUAUUACGAGAAUUACAACGAUGCUCCCAAGCCAUGCAGUAAGGAAAGCGUCAAGAGGUUCGCAGCCUCCUUCCUACCCGUCCUGUACACCCUAGUGUUCCUGGUGGGGCUCAUGGGAAACAUUCUGGUCAUUGUGGUCCUCUUCAAAUACAAGAGGCUGAAGAGCAUGACUGAUGUGUACCUUCUAAACCUCGCCAUCUCAGAUCUGCUCUUUGUUGUAUCUUUGCCGUUCUGGUCUUAUUACACAAUAGACCAAUGGGUUUUUGGAACUCCCUGGUGUAAAAUCAUUUCGUGGAUCUACCUGGUUGGGUUUUAUAGCGGGAUAUUUUUUAUCAUGCUUAUGAGCAUAGACAGAUACCUGGCAAUUGUUCGUGCAGUGUUUUCCUUGAAAGCAAGGACUGCCUUCUACGGCUUAAUCACUAGCCUUGUUGUAUGGCUAAUAUCUCUUUCAGCCUCAGUUCCAGAACUUGUAUUUAGAGAAUCUUUUAACGAACAUAAUUAUACCACCUGCAAGCCGAUAUAUCCAAGCAAUUUCACGACAUGGAAACUUUUUUCCACUUUGGAAAUCAACAUUUUAGGGCUCAUAAUCCCUUCUAUAGUUAUGACAUUUUGCUACGCCAUGAUCAUUAAAACAUUAUCUCACUGUAGAAACGAGAAAAAGAAUAAGGCUGUGAGGAUGAUCUUUGCUGUCAUGAUCGUGUUUUUCUUCUUUUGGACCCCCUACAACAUUGUUAUUUUCCUACAACUGCUGGAAAUGAUGGGACUCAUUAGAGACUGUCAAGUGAGCAGGAGUCUGGACUAUGCUGCCCAGGUAACAGAAAUCCUCGGUCUUUUCCACUGUUGCCUCAACCCAGUCAUCUACUUCUUCAUGGGGGAAAAAUUUAAGAAGUACGUCAAGAUGCUCUUUAAGAACUGGCGAUUACCUGGACGUAUUUGCAAGUGGUGUGGAGUUCACAUCACUUACCACACUGAAUCCACCAGUUCAUUCCACACACAAUCUACAGGGGACCAAGAUGCUCUGUAACAUGUUUCAGACCAACCACUGAACUCACUGCAAAAGCAAACUGACAAAAGCAGGAACUUUGAAAAGCUAAGCAAAUGCACAUGCAUUUAACAGGAAGCUAGUGCUGGAUAAUUACUUACUUCAGCUUUGAU